ACUCCAACCCUACUUCCCACUUUUCUCCCACCCCCCUCUCUCUCUCUAUAAUGGCGGUUGAAGCACUGCACCUCAAAAAGAGCGCCACCGUGCUGACCGCCGCCUCCAAGGACCAUCCGCCGCCGCUGCCGCCGCCAGCACCGGCGAAGGAAUCGCACUUUCGUGGCGUGCGGAAGCGUCCUUGGGGGCGUUUCGCGGCGGAGAUCCGCGAUCCGUGGAAGAAGACUCGGCGGUGGUUGGGGACCUUCGACACGGCGGAGGAAGCCGCCAGAGCCUACGACGAUGCCGCCAGGAGCCUCCGCGGUCCCAAGGCCAAGACUAACUUCGUCCACGGCUGCCUCUCUGCCGCAUCUCCGAUUUCUCCGGUUCCGAUGCCGACUCCGGUGCCGGUGAUUGAUGCAUUUUCUCCGUCGGCGAAGUUCUGCCCCAACGACGACGGAUGCCGGAGAGUUUUCGCUCCCGGACUUUCUCAGGCGGCGCGUGGACCGGCGCGUUCUCAGUACAGUGGAUAUAACCUUGAGACGGUAGGUAUAGUUGUGAAUGAACAAGAAAAGAAGAUGAGAGCUGAGAAGAAACCGUUUCUGUUCGAUCUGAAUCUGCCGGCGCCUCUAUUCUGAUCGGUUCGAUCGAUCGCUUUGUUCUGGUUUUUUGGGUCGCAGAAGCACCGGAAUCUAGCCGGAGGGAAAAGAGAGGAAGAUUUUGAACUCUUUUUCCAAUUUUACCCUUUUCUCUCAUAUUAUAUAUAUAUAUAUAUAUAUUAGUUUCGCCGUGUACAGUGGAUUUGCGAACUUCAUGGUUACUCUGAGUUCAAAACGGGUUUGUUAUGACUCACUCGGUGGUGUUUUGGUUCAGAGGCGUAUCUAAUUGACUCAGCUUUUGCCUCGUUAUUAUUAAUGGCCUAUAAUAUUUUACAGUUUUGUUAUUA